AUGAACAAUUUGUGGGAUCAAAUUCGACGGUCUCAGGAUGAGGAUGAUGAAGAGAUGACGGCCACCAACGCUAUUGUCAUGGCUGCAGUCGCUCAAGAAUCUGGAAACCAACACCGAGGGCGCGGUUCUCAUCCAGUUCGUGCACCAAAUGAGGAACGAUUUAGAGAAGAAAGGGGCAAAGGUAUGUUGGCCGACUACUUUGUCGAUCGGCCAGUGUUUAAAGAUGCGGAGUUCCGAACACGUUACAGGAUGAGUCUCAAUCUCUUCCAGCGUAUAUCUACUGACCUUUGCCAGUAUGAUCGUUACUUUGUUCAAAGGUCAGAUGCUACUGGCAAAGUCGGACUGCUUCCGGAGCAGAAGAUGACAGCUGCCUUGCGAAUGCUUGCGUACGGUGCAGGGGCAGAUCAAUGUGCUGAGUAUUGUAGGAUGGCGAAAUCCACCUCCGUUGCAGCCCUUCAGCACUUCACACGAGGAAUUGUUGAUCUUUACUCAACAAAAUACCUCCGCACUCCAACUGCAGCCGACCUCAGACGACUUCUUACCAAAGCUGAGAGGAGAGGUUUUCCAGGAAUGAUUGGGAGCAUCGACUGUAUGCAUUGGCAAUGGAAGAAUUGUCUGACAGGUUGGGCUGGAGAAUAUAGUGGUAGGAAACAGAUCCCCACUAUCAUCCUGGAAGCAGUCGCAUCUUACGACACCUGGAUUUGGCACGCAUUCUUUGGAGUGCCUGGGGCAUGCAACGACCUGAACGUCUUGGCAAAGUCUCCAUUGUUUGAUGAGCUUACCGCCGGGUACUAUCUCGCCGACGGUAUUUAUCCUCGAUGGGCGACUUUCUUGAAAAUUGUUCGAAAUCCUACACGCCCCAAGGAAAUUGAGUUUGCAAAGGCUCAAGAGGGGUAUAGGAAGGAUGUAGAAAGAUGUUUUGGUAUAUUACAGUCACGGUUUGGUAUUAUUCGAGGAGCUGCUCGUGGGUGGCAUAAAGAGGACCUUCGAUACAUUAUGUUGACGUGUAUUAUAUUACACAACAUGAUUGUCGAAAAUCAACGACCUGAAGAUAGCGAUGAUGAGUUGGAGUCCGAUGAUGAGGAGGAUAAUAAUAUGAGGCCCAGGAUUGCUGAGGUAUGGGAGGGACCAACCGGUAGAGACUUUGAUCCUGUUGGUAGAGAUGCUCAUCAUAUGAACGGAUUCAUGGACCGCUACCAACAAAUUAGAUCUAAGCAGUGUCACUCCAACCUUCAGGAAGACCUCAUUCAACACUUUUGGGAAUUUCAAGGCAAUAGGCGUAUCUAG